ACAUGAUAAACAAGUUGAAGAAGUAAAAGAACGAAAUAAAAAACGUGAAGAAGAAUUAACUUUUACAGAAGUUUGGUAUACAUUUGUUGAUCCUUAUGCAACUGAAGUUGAUGAACGUGGUUCAGAUGAUUCUUUUCGAUCAGUUGGUGUACUUAUUUUUAAAAAUGGAAGAAAAAUAGUUGAUGAAUAUGAAUGGAAAUAUGAUAAUCAUGUUCCAUUAGCUUCUAAUGAAAAAUUAAUUAUCUAUGAAAUUCAUAUUGGUGAUUUUGAAGAUAAAUUUGUAAAUGUAACAGCUAGAAUGAAUUAUUUUGUUCAAUUGGGUAUUACAGCUGUGGAAAUUAUGCCAAUAAAAGAAUUUCCUGGACAAGUCGGAUGGGGUUAUACACCACGGUAUUAUUUUGCUAUUGAAAGCACUUAUGGUACAACAGCUGAGUUGAAAGAAAUGAUUGAUACAUUUCAUAAAAAUGGAAUUCGUGUUAUUAUGGAUGGUGUUUACAAUCAUUGUGAUAUUUCUUCACCUUAUACGGCAAUCGAUCACGAUUAUUGGUUUCAUCAUGAACCAAAAGAUCAAGUUUGGAGUUGGGGUCCAGAAUGGAAUUAUGAGAAAUAUGAUGAAAAAUAUAACAUUUGGCCUGCAAGAAAAUAUAUUGGUGAAUCUAUUAAAUAUUUUAUUGAUGAAUUUCAUACUGAUGGUAUUCGUUUUGAUGCAGCAACUCAAAUAGCUAAUAACGAUUUUCUUAAAACGAUCGUACAACAAUCAAAAGAACAAGCUCGUAAUCGCGGUUAUGCUCCAGAAUUUUAUUGUGUUGGUGAAUAUUUACCGGAUGAAAUGGAAGCCGUUAUUUCCAAUAAUGGUCCUAUGGAUGGUGUUUGGCAUGAUACUUUUUAUUAUAAAAUACGUGAAGCUGUGACUCUUGAUACACCGAAUUGGGAAGAACUAAAACAUGCUGUUGAUGCUCGUCGACGAGGUUAUAAAACUAUAACUGAUGUUGUUAAUUAUCAAUCGAAUCAUGAUCAUGAUCGUUUACUUGUUGAUCUUGGCAAAGAACGUCAAAUAUUUGAUAAAGAUGCAUUUCGUCGUGUACGUAUGGCAUUUGCAAUUCAAAUAACUUCAUUUGGUCUUGUGAUGAUUUGGAUGGGUGAAGAAAUCGGCGAAUAUAAAGAAAAAACACCAGGUACAGCAAAAAUUGACUGGACAUUAAUUGAAGAUCGAGAAGAUAAUUCAAAUGCUAUUAAUAAAGAACAGUUACAAUUUUAUAAAGAUGUUAUUCAUUUACGAAAGUCAAAUGCAGCUUUAAGACGUCCAAAUUUAGAAUUCAUAUAUGAACAUGAAGAUAAUCAAAUAAUGGCAUGGCAUAGAUGGAAUACAGUUGUUGAUGAUGAUCAAAAACAAGAAAAUCAUAUUGUUAUUGUAUGUAAUUGGUCAUCAUCAAAUACCUAUGAAACUUAUGAAAUAUUAAAUAUGCCACGUAAUGGACGAUGGUAUGAAUGGCUUAAUAAUGAUAAAGAAUAUAUGGUUGAAAAUAAUAAAUUAAUUUUAAAUGAUUUUAUUGAUCACUCCGUCAGAAUUUUGAUCUAUGAAUGUAAAAAAAGUGAUAAUGACAAACGUUCAUUAGCUUAA